AUGGAAGGCGAAGAGCCACCGUCAUGCCCGUCACCGUCACCGUCACCGUAUAGAAACCCUUCCUCUCUCUUCAGAGACAUCUCAAAUUUCAAAACCCCGAAACGCCCCUCGCGAAUCUCCAAUUUACACUCCCCUGGCCCCCAUUUCUUCACAGCCUCCAAGCAGACCCCGCGUACUUCUUCGUCAUUUCGCCGCCGGCCAUCUCUCGCUCCGUCGAACUCCGGCCGUACCAAGGCUGCAGCCAGAAAAUUCAAGGCCUUCGAGGUCGAGCAGUCACAGUCGUCUCGCAAGGUCCAAAUUCAAAAAGAGAAAAAGCUCAAGUCCUUGGCCAAGUCUCUCACCGUCUGGCUCAAUUUCCUCUUCCAAAACCCUAGAUCCUGCGGCUGCACUUUGUCCGUUGAUGAGGAUCAUCGUGGCGGAACGCUUCCCAAGGGAAAGAGGGAUAGCGAGCCCGGCAGUGCGGUCCGGGUCGACUCGGCGUGGCGGGACCCGAAGCGUCAGAGAGACUCGUCUUGGCGGGCCGUGAGUGCUGUGGCAUUCUCAAGCUCUAAGUAUUCGAAUUUACGGUCUUCGUUGGAACAUGUGUGUAGUGUUGAUGAUUUGACGCAGCGAAUGCGACUUUAUUUGAGCAUGGGCAAUUGCAAAGAGGUUUUUGAUGCGAUGACUCAAGUAGCUAAGAAUAUUGAUGAGGGGAGGUUGAAGAUGAAGGCUCAUUGCCCCUUAGUAACUGAUGUAGGGUUCAAGGAGAAGGCCACUAGAAUCCUCAUGAGCUACAACCCAACUUGGCUUCGAAUUGGCUUGUACGUUGUUUUUGGUGGUGAUUCUUUGUUGUCCGACAGAGAUGCUAAUUCUGAUGAAGAAAUCAGAUUUUUGAAAAUGAUCAUUGAGAAGCAAAUUUUUGCACUUGCGAGUCUAGCAAAGGAUUAUGCUUAUAACAAGAUGGUUGAUGGUCUUUACAGACCCGGUUAUUAUGAAGCUCUGGGAAAUGUCAUUUUGAAGAGAUUUCUGUUGCUAGUUCUUAUCCUUGAUAGAGCUAAAUGUCAGAGCAGUCUUUCUCUUAAGUAUGGUAUUGAUGGAGUGGAUGGGGGUUCUCCUUUAUUGUUUACGGUUGAAUCUAAUAUUAAAUCAAGUCAUCAGGUGAUCCAUGAUUUUCUCUCAUCUGAUGUCAUGCUUGGAGAAGGUAAUAUUUUAGCACAUCUGGUGAUUUUAGGAUACAAAGUAUCUUAUCAGCAGGAUCCGCUUGUUGAAUUUGACUUCCGAGUUACAGAUUUAUUUGUUGAUCUUCAAGAUGGGGUGCGCCUCUGUAGGAUCAUUCAACUUUUGCAAGAUGACACAUCUAUCCUCACGAAAAUGGUUGUUCCAGCAGAUACGCAUAAGAAGCACUUGGCAAACUGUGGCAUUGCCCUGCAAUACCUUAGGCAGGCUGGUGUUGCUUUACAUGAUGAAGAUGGAAUGAUGAUUCUGGAAGAUGAUAUCGCUCAUGGGGACAAGGAACUUACUCUCUCAUUGCUCUGGAACAUGUUUGUUCAUUUUCAGCUACCUCUUUUGAUCAAGAAAACAAACUUAGCUGAGGAAAUUUGCAAGAUUCAUGGAAAUGGGGAUAACUUGAUCAAUUUUGAAUCCUCUUCCUUGGAAAUGCUUUUAAAGUGGAUUCAGGCAAUUUGUGAAAAUUAUGACUGCAAGGUCGACAGUUUUUCUUCAUUGGUGGAUGGAAAAGCUAUAUGGUGCCUGCUGGACUUUUACUUUCGUAAGCAACUUUGUUGUGGUUGGUCGUCAAAGGAUCCUAAUAAAUCCAGUCACGAAGAAUCAAUCAUGUUAGCGACUGAUUACUCAGAUGCAGUGCACAACUUUUUAUUAUCACAGAAAUUGUUGACAUUAUUGGGAAAUUUUCCAGAGGUUCUGCAAAUAAGUGACAUUCUUGAAUAUAAUGGUGCAUGUAAUGACCGGAGUGUGGUGAUCCUAUUGGUGUUCCUGUCAUCUCAACUGAUUGUCAAGAAAAAUAUGGAUCAGUUAAAUUUCCAUAAACUCUUGCGUUGUGAUUGCCAGAGUCUAGAGAGAAAAUAUUCAUGUAUGCAAUGUUCUGUAAGACCUGACGCAGCACAUAUCCAAGAAGAAACAUAUGACCACAGUGCUGAAGAUUCUGUAAUAAAGUUUAAGGCCAUUCAGGCCUGGUGGCAAGAUAUGGCUGAAAGGAACCAUAAGUCUGUUGCCAAACCAGCUGUUCCUGCUUUGCAUAACGUUUCCACAAACGAAGACAAUAUUAAUAUUCAGAAAGUAAAUGCUGCAAAAAGGAUACAGUCACAUUUCAGAGGAGCUAUUGAACGUCGCAAGUUUUUGAAGAUGUUGAAUGCCGCAGCUUUUUUGCAAACAGUUUUCCGUGCUUGGCUAAGUGCGAGGCAAAAACCGGCUCGCAUAAAGUUUAGCACUAUUCAAGUUCAAGAGUUAGCAUGUGAAAGGUGGAGACAAAGAGAAACAGGGAGGAGAUAUGCUAUGUUCAUUAUUGGCAGACAUGGGUUUCUCAACUUAAAAAGGUCAGUUUUGCUCAUCCAACGAGCUGUAAGGAAUUGGAUCACUCAAAGACAUCGAGGUGGAAGCAUUUUAACUCGUGAUGCAUGCACUUCUGAUCUAGUCAAUGCUGCCAUUGUUGUCCAAAGACAUAUUCGUGGGUGGCUUACAAGAUCAAGAUACAUUCAUGGGGUUGCUCUAGUAGAUAAAUCUUCCAAUCUGUGCCAGGAAAAUGGUGCGCAUGAUUUUCAAAUAUGGGGAGCAGUUAAAAUCCAGCGUGCUUGGAAGAAUUUUUCAGUCCGUCACUCUCUUCGCUAUCAGCAAUUUGCUGCAACCAAAAUUCAAAGUCAUUUUCGUAGUUGGCUAUUGAGGAGAAGGUUUCACACUCAAAGGCAAGCAAUAAUAAAAAUCCAAAGUGCUUUGCGAAUGUCAAUAUGUUGGAUGGCUUAUCAGCAAUACAAAAUUGCAACUGCAUCAGCCACCGUUAUUCAAUCUUAUGUACGUGCAUGCAUUGCCCGGAGAGGAGCUGAUCAACGUAGGCAUGUCAUUGUUGCAAUCCAAAGAUACUGCCGUGGUUGGUUGAUCAGAAGUUACUUCUUGUGUCAAAGAGAGGCUGCAGUAAAGAUCCAAAGUGCUGUUCGAUGCCUCAUAUGCCGUCAGGCAUUUCAUCGUCGUAGACAAGCUGCAAUGAAAAUUCAACCGAUAGUCAAGGGGCAGAUUAGUCGAAAUAGGCUCUUAGGUACUUCUUCCCUACGUCCAGUCAUCUCCAAUGGUUGUCUUUCAAAGAGCACAGGAGCCUUCUAUAAGAGUGCUGAACUAAAUAAAGUCUUUUGCUCUGUGUUGAAAUUGCAAAGGUGGUGGAGAGGUGCUAUGUUGCUAAAGUUAAGAACGAAGUCUGCAGUCAUUAUUCAAUCUCAUAUUCGAGGAUGGUUGGAUAGGCAAAAAGCUACUGGAGAGAAGCAAUGUAUUGUUGUAAUACAAUCAUGGUGGAGAGGUUACUUGGCAAGGAAAAAAGAGACAGGAGGUGAGCUACUGGAUUUGCGCUUGAGAGUGCAAAAGUCUGCUGCGAAUGUGGAUGAUAGCAUGCGCAUUAUUAACAGACUUGUGGCAGCACUUUCAGAACUACGAACAAUGAAAAGUAUCAGUGGCAUUCUUCAUACUUGUGUUACUUUGGACAAGGCUACACAACAUUCUCAUAAAUGUUGUGAGAAACUUGUGGAGGCAGGAGCUAUUAAAACUCUGCUGAAGCUUUUUCGGUCAGCCAGCCGAAGCAUACCAGAUCAGGAGGUUCUGAAGCACGUCCUCUCAACUCUAAGGAACCUUGCCCGCUAUCCACAUCUGGUUGAAGUGCUCAUUGAUAGUCCUGGGUCUGUAGAAACUGUUGUAGGGGAGUUCCUAAGGAACAAGGAGGAGGGUUAUUUCAUUGCUUCUGAGCUUCUGAAGAAGAUAUGCGCCAGUCGUAAAGGCGUUCAAGCUGUACGCAGAUCACCAGCCCUUUUGAAAAGGCUCCACAGUCUUGUUGAGGAACUUAGCAAGAAGGCCAACAAUGAGAAGAGGAACGCCCGAGUUACAGUUGGUAGAGAAUAUACAGAGAGAAGAUUAAAGGAGGCUGUUGAAAUUCUGAAACUGGCCACAGCAGGAAGGCUAGGUUUUUGA